CUGGCAAACCGAACCAGAAACAUUCUUGAAAAACACGCUUGCCCACAUUCCCUCAGAUCUCUUCUAAGAUUUCUCACCCCUUCCUCGUUUUUUAUCCCAUUCUCUGUCUUCCCCCACUCUGUGGGACUCUUUUGCUUCUCCAUUUCUCUCGAUAUUUGCCAUCUACUGCCUUUUCUCCUUUGCCUAACUUCCUCUUUUGUCUUUUUUUGACUCUCGAUCAAAGUGACCAUCACUCUCAUUAGCACAAUCUGGCGCAAUUCAAGCACUCACAACUGAAUUGAAGGAUCCACCAUUCAAGUUUCACCUUCUCAUCAAAUUCAUGGAUUGUGUUUGAUGCGAGAAGGGUUUUAUUGGAUUUGGUGUACCGGAAAAUAACAACCCAGAAGGCGAAAUUCGAGAUAGUUUUCUUGUCAACAUAGAGUCGACGGCUGUCCAAUGGAUGAAGGCAAAGAUCAGACAGUUAGGACAAACCAACAUAGAGCUUUGCCUCAAAGGCUGCUUCAAUUACUUGUUCUGUUUCUAGUUUUGUGUUUUGCCUUUUCUGUGGUUAGCGUAUACUUGAUUCGGCACUUUGGAGUUCAAAAUGAAGUUGCCACAGUAAGGCCCAAUUUACAGCCGUGUAUUGAAGAACUGAAUAGUUUAGACCGUUGGAUUAGACCUCCAUCCAAUUUACUUCACUCAAUGAAUGACAAAGAGCUCCUUUGGAGAGCAUCUCUUGUACCGCGAAUAAAGAAGUAUCCGUUCACAAGAGUUCCGAAGAUUGCAUUCAUGUUUUUGACCAAGGGGCCAUUGCCAUUGGCACCUCUUUGGGAGAGGUUUUUCAAGGGGCAUGAGGGGCUUUAUUCGAUAUAUACUCAUUCGCUGCCAUCGUUUCAAGCCGAUUUCCCAUCUACGUCAGUUUUUCACAGGCGGCAAAUACCAAGUCAGGUGUCAGAAUGGGGGAAGAUGAGCAUGUGUGAUGCUGAGAGAAGGCUUGUUGCUAAUGCUUUGCUCGAUAUCUCCAAUGAAUGGUUUGUUCUCCUGUCUGAAUCUUGUAUUCCCCUCUACAAUUUUAGUGUCAUCUAUUCCUACAUAAAGAAAUCGAAAUAUAGCUUCAUUGGUGUGUUCGAUGACCCUGGGCCACAUGGGAGAGGCCGCUAUAAUGAGUACAUGUUACCUGAAGUGAACAUUACCCAGUGGCGUAAAGGAUCGCAAUGGUUUGAAAUUAACCGAAAGCUCGCAUUUUACAUAGUGGAAGACACAACCUUUUAUCCCAAGUUUGCUGAGUUUUGUAAGCCAGCAUGUUACGUGGACGAGCAUUAUUUCCCCACCAUGCUAACGAUUCAAGCUGCUAAUCUCAUAGCAAAUCGAAGUAUCACUUGGGUGGACUGGUCGAGGGGUGGAGCUCAUCCAGCUACGUUUGGAAGAGCUGAUAUCACAGAGGAAUUCAUGAAGCGAAUCCUUCAAGCUCAUAGCUGCACUUACAAUGACCAGAACUCCUCAGUUUGUUUUCUUUUCGCGAGGAAAUUUGCUCCAAGUGCCUUGGAACCUCUGUUCUUGUUAGCACCGAAGUUUUUAGGUUUCUGAUUGCGUCCGACUCUUGAAAUUUUGAACUGAAAAUUGAAACUGUCAAAGAAGGGUCCUUCGGAGCAUCUGAGAUUAUGCAAGAUCCAUUCUUUUUUGCAUUAACAUGUUGGCUGCUGCUGCUGCUGCUUUUAUACUUAUGAACAGUGUCCAAGUGCUAACAUUUUUGGAUGUACAUAAAUUAGAGCCUGGGAAUAGCAUAGUAAAUACAUUUCUUUUAUCCAAGCUUAGAAAAUUUGAAGUUAUAGCCUCUUACAAGUUUUGCUCCUUGUGCAAUAAUAUUUCCUUCUAUCUGCUGC